AUGCAAAAGGGGCUGGGCAAGCGUGUUCACGUGACGCUUGUGCAGAACCUAUCUGCAGCCGCAGACCACGAUGUUCUUAAUCCCAACGACAUCAACAAGGUCAGAAGAUCGAACGCCGCUGUGGAGGAACCGCUGCAAAUUCAAGAAAAUAAUGAGAACAAUUUGAACCCAUCCGUGCGGAAGAAGUCGGUGUCCUUCAAACUUGCUUUUGUGGGACUUGCAUUGGUCCUUUUGACCAUCUCUGGAGAGCUCAAGGGCACGAGUCUGGAGUCUUUAUGGGCAAAUCUUGGUUAUAGCCUUUGCGGCCUCGUUAUGCAACCGGUUUGGGCCAGCGUCUCCGAUGUCUUCGGUCGAAAAUACCCCUUCCAUGCAUCUGUGGGCCUGUUCUUCGUUUGCUCCAUCGUUUUUGCUACUGCGCAAAACAUGAAAACCCUCAUCGCGGGACGGCUUUUUCAAGGAUUCGGCGGUGGAGGUAUCGACGUGUUAGUGUCUGUCGUCCUCGCGGACAUAACGGCGCUGGAAGAACGCUCGAAAUACCUGGGCAUCAUGGCCAUCCCUUCAGCGGUGGGCAACAAUAUGGGCCCCUUCGUCGGCGCGCUAUUUUCUACCUACACAUCCUGGAGAUGGAUUGGAUGGAUCAAACUUCCACUUUUGGGUGUGGGGACGAUACUGCUAUCCUUCUUCCUCAAGCUGCGAGCCGUUCCGCUCGACGCGACCCUAAUCAGCAAUCUGAGCCGACUUGACUGGGUCGGAGUGGUGAUGCUCGUCGUAUUUGCCUGGUACGAGUCCAAGCCCGCGGCGCCUAUCAUUCCCCGCCGACUGUUCCAAACAAACGCGGGAAACAUGGCUCUUGUAGGGGGCUUCAUCCAUGGCAUGGUUUUCAUCUCCUUGCUGCAGUACUUGCCGUUAUUCUACCAAGCUGUCCAACUCAAGACAGCAAUAUCGUCGGCCAUCUUUCUGCUGCCUACAGUCAUUAUAAGCGUGCUAGUCACAGCCGUCUCGAUGAUGAUGGUUCCGAUGUUCGGAGGAUACAAAUGGCUUCUGGUUGUGUCGUGGGUCGUCACUGCGCUAGGGUCCGGUUUGCUUGCUCUUUUCGGCGUGGAAUUUUCGACGUCCGUGCUGUAUGGGCUUCCGAUUCUCUGGGGGCAAGGCGUUUCGCUACUACGCAUCCUCAUGCUCCCCGUUCAAGCAAGUGUCAAGCACGUUGACGAUGAGGGCUUAGCAACUGCGAACUUCCUCACUAUUCGCAUGUUCGGAGCGCUUGUCGGCCUCGCAAUCUGUUCGCCGAUAUUCAACAUCGUCUUCUCGAACUCCGUCGCGGAGGCUAGAAUCGAGUUGACGGGGUCGCUGGCGCCACUGAAGAAUGCCUCCAAUGCCGUAAGUCUAAUUGGCGAGCUGAGAUCGCUGGACGUUCCCGCUGCGACCCUAAAACUGGUUUCGGGACUCUACCUGGAAUCUUUCAAGGCCGUAUUCUAUACCAUGGCUGCAUUGAGCGGAUUGGGGUUAUUGUCUUCGAUAUUUCUGGACGAGAUUGAGCUGAAGAGAAAGGACCUUGGUAACCAACGCUUUGAGGACCACUAGAACAAGAUCAGACCAUCUCCGUAGAACGUAGACAAGUGCAUGAUAGAGAAGCUGUAAUUGACGGCCUAGAAAAGAAGGAGGAUUCUGCGUUGCAUAAACGGCGACAUUAGGACAAUAAGUAGAAGUACUAGU